UGCUAGGGUAACAAGGUAACCAUAUACAGUAAAGCAACACGAUGAUAUAGCGGUAGUUUACUUACUUGUCCGAGAUUUGUCGCUGAGCCGAGGAGAGUUGGUACUAAUCCGGACUCCAUUUCCAGACGUUCCGCAAGUCCAGCUUUGUAUUGGACCAAGUUGAGGAAGCAGUCGUCGGUGAAACUUACUAUUAUGUAGUGAUGUUAUGGUUUGCGUCGAGGCAUCGGGGCGUGUGUCGAUCGAGUACCUCGGCUCCUCCCCCCAGCGAAGCUCCCUAUCGAGCAGGCUUCACGUAGGCGAAAUGACGUAGCGGGUGACGUCCGAGGCUUCAUCUCGGGCUGUGUAAAAGUUACAGCCAGGGACCGCCAGGGGGGUACAGCAGCACCCUAAGCACCCCCACUUCCCGCGUCCCUGAACACAGCCAAAGAUGACACAGUUUCACGGCUACUGUUGGGGAUACAGACAGGAACAGCAACGUCCAAAGCGUUGAACAUGCCGCUUCAGCAGCAGCAGCUAGCUGGGAAGUGGCGCUAGGUGAAGACCUGUGAGAAGACGUCAAUAACAUAGGACUCUGUUAUUGGCGACCCUCUUCACAGAGGUAUAAUGAGCACAUACCACAGACUGAAGUGAGCUAUUGCUUUUAUUCAACGGUUACUAUUAUGGCAAAACGAAAGUCACACGGUAGGUAGCCUACAUUAAACCGCUCGGCUAGAGCGGUUCCCCGGCAAUUUAUCCUACGGAGCAGUUCACUCGCCGUGUGCCUAAGCUUUCGUUAGUCCCUCCAUCGCCUUGCUCACUCCCGGAGUAACAACAUUUACACCCUCUCCACAUGGGCGGAGUUUCUGGGGGGUCAGGGGGGGCACUGCCCCCCCUGGUGGCUGAAAUAUGUAAUGACAUGACGUCAAGGAAAUGGCAAAAUAUAAGUGUUAUACGUGUAUGCGUACUGAUAUUUUAAGGUUUUGAUUAAAAUACAUGGUAGUAGUAUGAAAUGAAUAUGAAUCCUAGCACAUUUUUGUAAUAUAUUUAUUAUUCAGUAAUCGUGUGACAUAGUGACGUUGACUACGGUUUCCGUCCGCUACUUGGUUUCCCGCUCUCAGUAUCAAUCUCGCUAGCCAGUAUGUAAUAGCAUAACAAUUACAGUUGUAGCCUGAUGUAAGUAUUGCAAACUGCAAAUGGAUAUUCUACGUUUUUUAAAACGUCCCAUGACCUCGGCCAACACUCGGCAAGAAGUCGAACCAGAGCCAGUAAUUCUACCAACAAAUGCUGAUGACCUGGAAACACCUGGAACCAGCUCGGCAAACCCAGCUAGUGCUAGCUCACCAUCGGAUCUUGCUGGGCUGUCGUCUGGGUCAGUUAGCUUGCCUAGCAGCACUAGCUCACAGCAACUACCAAAUGAUCUUGGCGACAAGCACUGCUGUCCUAAGAAGCCUAUUCUUCCGGAUUUUCCUUCAAGGUUGUUUGGAAAGACUAAACGAGCCUUCUCCACAUACUACUACAACAAGUACUGUUGGCUUGAAUACUCGGUUUUAAAGGAUGCUGUCUUCUGUUUCGCCUGCCGCCACUUCCAGACUGACAGCAGUGUGGAGGAAUCGUUCCGAAAGGGCGUAAGUGACUGGAAAAAACUAAGCAGCAAACUGGAAAAACAUGCAAAUUCACUGGCCCAUCAGAACUGUAUGGUUAAAUGGGACAACUUCAAACAGAGCACAUCUGGAGGUGGAUCGAUAGCUGCCAAAUUGUCGGAGAGCCACAACGCUACUGUUGAGAACAGAUCUUAUCUUUUUAAAGUUGUGGAUAUCGGGAGAUUGCUGUCUGCACUUGGAUUGCCUUUCCGUGGACACAGGGAGGCUAUCGAUUCAGAGUCUCGUGGGAAUUAUCUUGAGGUUUGCAAAUUUUUCUCGAAAUAUGAUCCCGACUUUCAAAGUAUGCAGUCUAAUUAUUUCAAUGCUAGAAGUCCAGAUUUUCAGAACGAAAUAAUUGAGAUAUGCGCAAAUUUGGUUAGUGCGGAAAUUGCAGAGAAAGUGCAGGACACUGGGUUUUUUGCUGUAAUCGCAGAUGAGGCCAGGUCAUCCCACACUGAGCAGCUGUCAGUCUGUUUAAGAUAUACAGAGCAGCUUGAAAUCAAGGAGCGUUUUUUGUGUUUUAUUGAUUGUUCAGCAUCUUGAAAUGCAGCUGGGAUCGUGGACGCCAUAAACACUGGAUUGGAGAUCUGCGGACUGAAAAACAUCCAAAUUGUUGCCCAGAGCUACGAUGGCGCCUCUGUAAUGUCCGGCCAAGUGUCUGGAGUGCAGCAGCGCAUUAAAGAGACGCAUCCAUACGCAGUAUACAUACACUGCUUGGCUCACAAACUGAAUCUCGUGCUUGUGGACUGCUGCACGGUGAACCGCAGUGUCAAAACAUUACUGAAUGUCAUCGGCAAACUGUACUCAGUAUUUGCAGAGCCGACAAACCACCAUCGCUUUAUUGAAGUCCAGAAAUCGCUGGAUAUGAAGCCAACCGAAAUUGCACAGCCCAGCGAGACGCGCUGGGCAUGCAAGUGGCGUUCUCUGCAUGCCGUUAAAACACACUACUCUGCGAUUACACAGUGCCUGAGAGAAAUGAGUGAUGAGGGAGGCAAGUGGUCAGUGGAGGCCACUGGCCUAUGUGAACAUAUGGGCAGGUUGUCAUUCAUUACAUGUCUCAUUGUACUUGAAGACAUACUGCGUGUGAUUCAUGUCACACACAAAGCCCUUCAGUCCUCCAGUCUCGCACUUUCCGAAGCGGCUGUGCUUACCGACAACCUGAAAGCGCACUUUGUGUCACAGAGACAGACUGACAAAUGGAAUGAUGUAUGGGGAUCAGUGAAACAGUUCUGCCGAGACAACAACGUCUCCGUACCCGAGGAUGCGAACAUUCAGAGUCAGACACCUGCUGGACCUGGACCACUACCGAAAAGAAAACGGGCCACACAACCCCCCACCUCCCUCGACAAUUUCCUGAUAACAACAACUUUGGGCCACAGAGAAGAAAAUGAUGUAAAUACUGUACAAAUGUCCCAGAGUGAGACCCCUGGAUUCCAACAGCACCUGUAUUUCCCAGUGCUGGAUACCAUCAUUGGCGAACUGGACAGACGAUUCACGGGAGAGGCUGUUGAACUCGCACAGGCCUGUGCAGCAGUGUUAAGAUGCGACAAAAGUGGAAUUGAACCUCUCGUACAAAAGUAUGCCCAGCCUCUGAAAAUCAACCCCCACCUUGUUGGGACAGAGAUGGACCUUGUUAAAGCCUCUACUCAAUAG